AAGUUUAGUAACAUUUUCUGUCCAGUGACAGGUAAAAGUGCUGGGGGCUCAAGAACGAGCGCUUCGAGUUGAAAUCCAGAAAUUGUUACCGCAUUUCCAUCGUAAAAUACGCCAGCUAAAGUCGGAUCGGCAAACAUCCCAGCAUCCAACGAGCGAUUCGCACGAGUUGCUAGCGAGGAAUCGGUGUCUGGGUGACACAGGCAUUUACCGUAUAUAAUGGCGGCUCCAUCAACCGGUGUGGUGGUCCCGAGAAACUUCCGCUUGCUGGAGGAGCUUGAGGCUGGUCAGAAAGGUGUUGGAGAUGGCACCAUCAGUUGGGGCCUGGAGAAUGAUGAUGACAUGACAUUGACACACUGGAAUGGCAUGAUUAUCGGCCCGCCACGCACCCCCUACGAGAAUCGAAUGUAUUCUGUCAAGAUUGAAUGUGGCCAAAGAUAUCCUGAUGAUGCUCCGUCUGCUAAAUUUGUUUCUAGAAUUAACAUGAACUGUAUAAAUUCUCAGACUGGUGUUGUUGAUAAUAGGCAGGUACCCGUGCUGGCACGGUGGCAACGUGAUUUCACAAUCAAGACUGUCUUGCAAGAGCUGCGUCGUCUGAUGACCGUCAAAGAGAACAUGAAGUUGACGCAGCCACCGGAGGGCAGCUGUUUUUAGCUAGCCUCCCGACUUGGCAAAUCUUAUUACAACGUCAACCACCAAUCUAAUACCUACCGCAAUGCACGACAACCGUGUCCAUUGCUUCGAAUAAGUGUACAGCAUUUAACUACCAUCACAACAACAACACCGCAAGCCACUAUCGGGCGUCGUGACGCAUUCGCGCCUAGAUUCUUGCUAAAAGUGACGACCGCGCGGCGUUCAUCCGCUCUUUAGUGGGCCAACCCAUAUUACGCACGAUGCAGUUAACACGGUAACACUUUAAGACGCAGAAGUUACCAUUAGGCGACAUGCUGCAUCUCUUGAUUUACAUAUAACAUACAUAUUUUAUAAAUAAGCUAAAUGUUUCGCUUUGUUUUUGAGUAGGACACUAAACAAAUCACUAUUAUAUGGCUAAGAACAAUAAAUUGUUAUAAUCGGGCGUAGUUUCAUGCGCGCUCGCGAUAUCGUCACCGCUAUCGAAGUAUCUUUUUUGUUGGGUCUACGUUUUCGUUGUGGUUGUACGUGUUUAUUAUAAGUACGUCUGCAAAACACGCCGACCGUUCUCACCGCGUUUAGACAUUUUAUUGUAACACUUGUUCGGCAAUAGAAUAAUUACAAAUAUAGCAUACCAUUUGAUGCAAUGCGUUGUUCUGUUACAAGUUCAGAAUUAUCGCAUUGAACACCCCGCGCAUUAAUUUUACAAGUUAUUAUGUAGAUGUUGAAGUGAAUUAACUUUGCGAGAGUCGACGAAACCGAGUGUUUUAUUUCUCGAUUGAAUAUUACGACGGAUGAACGCCGCCAGUCGAUUAUACACCUAUCACAUUACAUUUUCAAGAUAAUUGUUAUUCAUGCUAUGUUUAGGCAUACUGUCACUUUUACCAUGGAAUGAAUUUACUUAGUAACGAUUGCUCCGUUUUUAUUCUUGAAAAAUUACUUGCUGUACUAAUUAAUAUCGUCUGCAGAUAAGAAACACUACAACAAAUAAUUAUUAAUUUUAUGUAACAAA